AUGGAAGUCGUUCUUGAGCCUGUCGUCUCCGAACUCGUUGACGGGUUGUUUAAGAUAUUGGGGUCCAAAGAAGUGCGGGACUUUGCCCGGCAACUUGUUGGGGGGGUAGAUUCAGAGAUCAAAGAGCUGGAGAACAAGUUGCGGAUGGUUGAAGACCUUCUUCGCAAUGCAGAAGACAGGCAGCUGAUGGAUAAACGAGUCAAAGAGUGGCUUGACAAUCUUCAACAUUGGGCUUAUGAUGCGGAGGACGUAAUGGAUGAGUUUGCCUACGAAGCUUUGCGACACAAACGCAAGGCAGAACACCAGGCUAGCUACAGCAAAGUAUUUAGCUGUCUACCUGCUUCUUUCUCUAGUCCUUUGUUCGCUGUCCAGAUGGGGUCCAAGAUCAAAAAAAUCAAUAGCCGGUUGGAAAAACUUCGCCAACAAAGAUCAGCUGAACGUGAACUUCAAACGCUUCCUGGACUGCCACCAACUAACAUCGCUGCACCGCAAAAACCAGAGGAAACUUCAAGCGUCCCACUUGGACAAGUUUAUGGCAGAAACGAAGAUGAAGUCGAAUUACUGAAAAUGGUGAAAAGUGGUGCCAACUUUCAACUAAUAGCAGUUGUCGGCGUGGGAGGGAUCGGCAAAACAACAAUUGCUCGAGAAGUGUACAAUCACAAGGAGUUGGAAGAUAUCAAGUUUGACAAAAAAGCGUGGGUGGAGUACAUCGAAUGGGAAAAGCUUAAGUCUGCUUUUGCAGCUGGUGCUCUUGGAAGCACGAUGAUCGUGACAACACGCCAUACGGAUGUUGCACAAACAAUAAGAUGCUCUCAUACUUAUCAAUUGAAGCUUUUAUCCGACGAAGCUUGUAAAUCCUUGUUUAAGGAGCAUGCAUUUGGGACUGGUGCAGCUGCUAAUGCUGAUCAAGUUUCCAUUUCAAUUUAUGAUAGAGUUGUUAAAAGGUGCAAAGGCCUACCACUGGCAGCAAAGACCUUCGGUUGUCUUCUACACUCUAGGCCGAGCAAUACUUGGGAAGAAAUAUUAGAAAGCAAAAUAUGGAGUGCAUUUGAUGAAUGUGAUCACAUUCUCCCAACGUUAAAGCUAAGCUAUCAUUAUCUUCCUUUGAAUCUGAAAAGAUGUUUUGGCUAUUGCGCAAUCUUUCCUCAAGAUUACGAAUUUGAGGAGAAGGAACUUGCACUUUUAUGGAUUGCGGAAGGUAUUGUUCAACCAUCAAAUAAGCAACUGGAUGAGGCAGGUUAUAAUUUGGAAGAUUUGAAGAGCUUAAGUUUUCUUCAAGAGCUUUACAUUUCAAAAUUACAAAAUGUGACAAAUCCAAAUCAAGUACGGGAGCAAAUACUAAGUAAUAAGAACAAUUUAAAAGUGUUGUUACUAGAAUGGGAAUAUGAAGAAAACUCAUUGAAAGCAGAUGUAGAAAUGAAGCUACUUGACAAGCUAAAGCCUCUUAGCAAUUUAAAAGAACUCACAAUCCAAGGCUACGGUUGUGAAAGUUUUCAAUCUUGGUUAGGAGAUUGGUCAUGGCUUUGUAAUUUGGUGGUUCUUAUAUUAGAAGAAUGUAAGAGGUGCACGUCUUUACCUUCACUUGAAAUGUUGAGCUCACUUGAAGACUUAACCAUUAAAGAUAUGGUGGGUCUAAAAAGAAUAGAUUUUCGAACACCUUUCAAGUCAUUAAAAUUUCUUUAUUUUGAGAAUUUGAUAGAAUGGGAGCAUUGGGACAAUUGGAGAGAAAAUGACGAUAUUGAAAAUUUUCCUAAGCUGCGUGUGCUUUUAAUUAUAACUUGUCCCAAACUUACUCGAAAAAUACCUGAUUAUCUUUCUUUAUUAGAAAGAUUAUUUAUUUGGUUUUGUCCAAAGUUGGUGGUUUCAUUCUCAAAUUAUCCAAUACAUUGCAAAUUAGAAAUUGAUGAUUGUGAAGGAAUGGUGUGUAAUGAUGGUUCAAUUGAUUUUAAGUGGCUAGAUUCUAGAUAUCUUGCAAAUAUUCCAACGGUUGAAGAUAAAUUAAAGAAAGGUUCUCAAAGCGUAGAUCUUUUGAAGAUUGUUUGUAAUGAAGAGAUUAUAGAAUCAUGGCAAAGUUUGGAAAACAUCAAUUUCCUUUCUAAUAUAAAUUAUCUUGAGAUUAGGGAUUGUCAGAAUCUAAGAUCUAUUGGAAGGGGCAUGCUACCUUUAUCUCUAAAAUCACUGCGAAUUGACCAUUGUGAAGAGCUGAAAUUUUUGGAGGAUUUAAGUGUUUCUCUUCUUGAACGCUUAUGGAUUUCUGAGUGCGGAUCUCUCAAGUGCAUAUCAUUAGAUGGUCCAUUGCCUGAGACACUCAACCAACUAGAUGUUGGUGGUUGCAAAGCGCUGGAAACAUUAUCAUCUAGUAGAAAUAGUCUACACCAUCUUCCUUGCCUUGAGUCGAUUAAAAUAGAUGGAUGUCCAAAAUUGUCGGUGAGAGAAGGUGUUCCCACCAGCCUUAGACAACUCUUAAUUAAUGAAUGUGAAGAUGACAAGGGAAUGGGAAUUGAAGAACUCCCACAGCUUAAAUCCAUCUCAGACCUGACCAACCUCACCGCUCUUGAAAGUGGCGUCACCUCUCUUACAAAGUUGUACAUUGAGGAAUGCCAAAAGCUCAAAUCAAUUCCAAGUCUCAGCGGCCUCACCUCUCUUCAAGAGUUGACGAUCGCUACUCUCCCACAACUUGAAUCAAUCCAAGAUCUGAGCAACCUCACCUCUCUUGAAGAUUUACAAAUUUCCAAAUGCCCAAGGAUCAAAUCAAUUCCAAGUCUCAGCGGCCUCACCCCUCUUCAAGAGUUGAGGAUCGCUGAUCUGCCACAGCUUGAAUCAAUCCAAGAUCUGAGCAACCUCACCUCUCUUGAAGAUUUACAAAUUUCCAAAUGCCUAAGGAUCAAAUCAAUUCCAAGUCUGAGCAGCCUCACCUCUCUUACGGGAUUCAAAAUUGAGGAAUGCCCAAGUCUUAUAUCAAUUCCACAUCUCAGCAGCCUCACCUCACUUCAGUCUUUACGUAUUACAGAGUGUCCUCUGCUUAUAAAACGAUGGAAAAGUGUUACGGGAAAAUAUUCCUCAAAGAUUGCUCAAAUUCCUAAAGUUGUAAUAGAUGGAAAAUUCAUCUACAAUUUAAAGGAGUACGAAGUUGAUCGUCGGAGCUCUCUCUCUCUAAUUUUCCUGAUGGCACAGAUACGUCUAAUUCCAUCAAAGCUGAUGAUCAACAAGAAUAUCUCAAUGGUGGUUUGUCCAGAGGAUCUUUCAGUAACAGAUUAA